CCAGAAAAAUGAUAUUCGAGGAACAGGAAAUGAAACUCAAGCAUAAAGAAGACGAAGGAAAACAACUAAAGGGAGAAUUUGUUAGCAUCCCAGCCAUUAUACAGUUUUACACUUACAACGCUGCUAAUGCUAAACAGCUCACAUCACCUGCUGGUCUUUAACUAGUCAGUUAGCCUAGUUCAACACAUUUAAAAUAAAACUAUGACUUCUCUGGCCUUAAACCAGAAGGACUCUCAUGCAAUUGAAUCAGCUGUCAGAAGUGCCAUUGAAAUGGUAGUGAAUGUGCUAUAUAGAGUGAACAGUGAAAAAAUGCAAGAAUAUCACAAACAUAUGACAGAGAAGCACAAAGAAAACCAAAAACUGCGAAAUGAGGUCAAAGUAGCGGAAAAGGAGUUGGAAAUAAUACGAAGACAUGCCAAGAAUCUAGAAGACUUAUUUAGACAUUCUGAUCGUCCUUAUGACAAUCAAAACCCCAGUGGAAGUUCGAGAAGUACAAGCUCUCCUCAGAGGCUUGUAGUCGAUGGCAAUGAGUCAACCAGCAUGGCUAACUGGCAAUCGCAUGGGUUUAACGAGCUCCAGGGAGGUUCCAGCGAUUACCAGAACCCUUCCACCGAUGUCACAGAGGCCCCCGGCUUUUCAAAGAGUGUCCGAGGUUCCCUGUCCCCAUCAUCUGUCCCUCUCCCUACCGUGGUGGUAAAAGAGGAGCCGUCUGACAUGGAUGCCGUUUACAUCAAAUGGGAGAUGAGUGAGCAGAGUCUUGAGAGCCAACAUGAGGACCUAGCCCUAAUUGAGGACUCUCUUGAAGGAGAGUGUGGCCUCAGCAAGGAGAAUGGCUCUUUAUCACAGCUCAGUGUGGCGUCUGUGGACAUGGGGAACCCUAGGAGAUACUACUGGAACUCUUCUACACGGCAGAUACAGGAUGAGAUGUCUCCUGCGAUCAAAAAACAGAUUAUGGAUCAGAGAAAGAAAAAGGUACGACAACAGUAUAGUAAAAGGAUGAAAGAGAAAAUCUACACAGACCCCGAGAGACUGCAGGCCUACAGGGAGCGAGAGAGACGCAGGUAUCAUCAGCGCAAGAAGCUGAUAGCGGAUUUACCUGAGGAGACUCAGAGACUGAGGAGGGAGGCUUGGAGGGCGGCUGCUUCCCGCUACCGUGCCCGGAAGACAUCUCAUGGUUUCCAGACAGACCCCACUCAUCCUUGCAACCUCCCUCAGAAUACAGAGCCCCCUGAGGGGACCUGGGGAGGCGGCAGGGCGGGGCCGCCGGGUGAGCAGUGGAGGACGGCGUAUGUAGAUCAUUUGCAAGAUCAUGAAACACACUGCAGUUGACCGUGUGUUAUGUACUGUACAUAUUGACCUGUGAAUGCUUGUUGUUUGUCAAGCUGUGUAAACAAUCUCUGCCAACGAAUGACUAAUCGGGGACAUGUAUGAGUGUUGAAACGAAUAGUUGUUACUUUUAACCUCAGCAACUUCAGUACACACUGGAAGCAGAUAAUACAGUAGUACCAUUAAGCAAUGAAGUACAUAUUGCAUGUUUUUAAUGUUGAAAUAAUAGUGUAAAUACCUUAUUUGAUUUUCCUGCACAUCCAACUGUUCUAAAGUCUCAUCUAGAGCCUUCCAUAAUGAUUAAAUAAUGUUUAUGAAAGUGUAUAUGUACUGAAGCUCAUGGAAAACCUAUUGCCAGAUGCACACACCAUAUUCUACCAUAUCCUGAAACAUACUGUACCAUAACAUUAAGUAUUGUGAUAUAAUAUAGUUUGUGACGUAUUAUUUAAGGAUUGCUGUUACCGAUAAAGCAUUUUCUAUACUCUAAAGUACAUGGUUUGUCACACCAAAUCUGUGUUUCAGUUUCACCAACAUGAGUUAACUCCUUGUGUUCAAAACAAACAAUGAUGAUGUGUGUAUGCAAUGAGAAUUAACCCAUUCACAGUGCUAUAGAAAAGCUUUACUUGAACUCACUUGCAGUGAAGAUGGUUUUGGCCUGGGGCAUAACAGAUCAUCUCUGAACCAAUGUGACUUACUCAAUUGGGGCAUUUCAACAAUAGUUUGUCUUGUGUUAGCAAAACUAUUAAUUUACCUCAAUAUCUAGACCUACAACAAAGACAAGCACUACAGUACAGUACAUAUUAUGCAAUUCAUUUUUACAUAGGAACAAUCAAUCGUGUGCUACAAAAACAUAUUUUACAUUAAUUUAUUAAACAAUAAUUACAUUUUACAGAAAUAAUUUAUGACAUCUUAUUUGACAGUGGAUGCACCGAGUUGAUUGAACAUAAAUCAAAUUGUGCUGUGUGGGGUGGUAUUUACAGUAGGCCUAUGCGCACAUUUAUGCGCAUAAUGCAAUACACUGUUCUGAAAAUGUAUAGGCGCUACUUCUGUCUGGGUAUUCUACAAUAGGAAAUCAUUGAAAAGCAGUUGGGUAGUAUUGCGUCUCAAGCUUCAUUUGCAUUUUAGCUUGAGCCCGCAUGCAGUGUGUAGCCUAAACACGCAGCAACAUUUUAAAAUGUUGAUUUUUAUUGAGGGCGUCUAAACAAAUGGGCAAUACAACUUACUACCCGCAAUUGAAACGAUAAGAAUAUAUAUAUUUAGUCUGCUGUGGACGCUUAUUGCCACAAGUAACAAUUUCAUUUAUUUGGAUCUGAUUCCAGUUUGAAAUGUGAUAUGUGUGACAGCUGACGUCGUUUGAACAAUAGCGACUGCAGCAGGCGCUCGCCAGCAGCUGCCAUCUCCACGCAAGUGCUGUGCGUUGCAGUUCAUGCCAUUUCUCAGUCCUUGAAACCGUUUGCCUUUAUCAUUAUGUUAUAAAAAAUAUUUUAAGGACUCAAGGAGGAUGUUUUGUUUGUGAUGACCAACUGACCACCCCG